AUCAAUAGAACAAUCAAUCUGGAAACACUUCAACACGAUACGAUACUUUGAAUUCUCAACAUCAAACUCAAAUGACAUCAAAUCAAAUCAACCCAAAAAGAAAAUCAGAAGAACCUAUCCCAAUCUCAUCUUCUUCAACUUCAAUCCCAAAACAACCCAAUCAUAAAAAAAGAAAACAUACAAACACUUCUCCUUCUUCUCCUUCGUCAGUUUCUUCAAAUGAUCAAUCAAUCAAAAAUCAAUUAAAACAAAUUCAAAUUCAAUUAAAUCAAACUCAAUCUCAACUUGCUGAAUCUCAAAAGGAUUUACAAACUAAAGCUGAACUUUUGGAUUCAGUCAGAUCAAGUCUUAGAUGUAACAUUUGUUUUGAAACUUUCAAUUCACCUUAUACACUCCUUUGCGGUCAUAUAUUUUGCCAUAAAGAUCUUUAUGCUUGGUUUCAUAGACUUCCUUCAGAUUAUGAUACAGAACUUGAAUUUGAUAUUUCGGAUCUUGAUGAGUACACAAAUAACCAUGAACCCAGAACAGUGAAUGGAAAUCAUGGACGACCAAUACUUUCAACAUCCAAUAGAAAUCCACCUGUAGAAGACAAUCCACCAGGAGCUUCAUCAACCAACCCGACCACCAACGAACCUCCUCCUAGAAUCCAACCACCAAGACCAUCAGCCUAUCGAAAAAAGAAAAACUUAAUCUGUCCACAAUGUAGAACAGCAGUCCAUACUCCACCCUUUCAACUUUAUG